AUUAUGGACUGAGCUAACAGACAACGGCGCACUACAGUGUCCCACAGAGUAAGAGCCGGACAGAGAGGAGAGCAGUAGAGGGAUAAUUGAAUCUGACAGUCAUUACAGAGAGACAUCACAUCCUGGAAAGGAUCAAAACUCCUUCCAGCAUGAACAACCAAACUCUUUCCUACUCUAAUCUCGAAGAAGAAAGCGUUGUGAGCAAUGACUACUCCACAACCAUAGGUGCCCUCAUCCUGGGCUUGGUCUUCCUCCUGGGAGUCCCUGGCAACCUCUUCAUCGUCUGGAGCAUCCUGGCACGCAUCAGACGACGCUCGGUCACCACCCUCCUCAUCCUCAACCUGGCAUGUGCCGAUGGCUUCCUCAUGACCCUCACCAUCUUCUUUGUCAUCUACCUGGCCAUGCAGACGUGGGUCUUUGGCGAGGUCAUGUGCAAAGGCGUGUUCUACCUGUGCAACGCCAACAUGUACGCCUCCAUCUUUCUGAUCACGCUGAUGAGCGUGCACAGGCUGGUGGCCGUGGUGUUCCCGAGGAGAGUCUCCUUCCUGACCAGCAAGAAGAUUGUGAAGAGGAUCAUUAUAGGAAUGUGGGUGCUGGUGAUGGUGAUUUCUAUCCCCUCACUCGUGUUUCGAGAUGUGAGAGAGGACAUAGAUGACACCAAUGAAAUAAGAUUGGUGUGUGCGCCUAAUCACACCAUGCCUCGAUAUGUGAGGUUUCAGUAUGCCUUUGAGACCGUGGCAGGAUUCAUUCUUCCUUACACAGUCAUCAUAGUCAGCUACGUGCUCAUCCUGCAACGCUUGAGGCAGACCAAGUUCCGCAGAAAGGUCCGCAGUGAGAAACUCAUCCUGGCCAUUGUGGUGAUGUUUGGCCUUUUCUGGCUGCCAUACCAUGUUAUCAACAUGAUACAGGUGGCAGCUGAGUGGUACAAUGAGGGAACACCCAUGAAAGACAAGUUGGACCAUAUCGUUGCGACCAGUCGAGCGGUGACCUCGGCUUUGGCCUUCAUCAGCAGCUGCGCCAAUCCUGUCCUCUACACCUUCGCUGGGAAGUCCUACAUCAAGCAGAACGGCUUUGCCUUCAUGGCUCGUCUCUUCGAGGGCACGUCUUUGGACCAGACAGGAACAAAAAAGAGUCGGGCCAUGGGUACUAUGGGAACCAGUAGUGUUGACUCCACAAACAGCCCAGCUGUUACAACUUUACAAAAUGGGAAAUGAAUGUGGAAUUAACUUUGCGUGCAUAAAUGAGAGCACUGGAAAUUUUUAAACCUACAUGUGGAGUGUGUAUAUUUUGUUUAAAGCAACGUUUGAGCCUGAAUCUGCUGUGCUUAAAAAUUACAGACAGAAUCACAGCACUGGCUUGGAGCUGAGUAUUUUGAUUUGUAGAUAAGCUUAACUGGGUUAGCUCGUCUGAGGUGCAGGCAGAUUUUUACUGUUACAUUUUGACAGUGACAGAUAAUACCCCUUGUAUAAAUACUAUAAAAUACUAAAUAAUUACAUAACAUAAAGCCCUGAACCUACUUGAAGAGCAGUUACAUUGUGAGAAAAACACAAACAUAAAAACUGUUUACAUUCUAAAUAUAUUUAUAUUAUGGAAUCAUUUUGUUGGGCAAAGAAACCCUAUUAUAAUCACAGCCUUCAGUAUGGUAAUGUUAUUUAUAUUCUAUGUUCUCUCUAGAAUAAACCACUAUAAACGUGUAAAUAAAAAAAACAAAAACGGACCAGAAUAUUAAAAAAUACCUUUUUUAAAAUCAUACUUGCCAGCACUAUUUAAAUGCUUUAUUAAAUGUUUAUAUACUGUGUAUACAUGCCAAAUAGGCAGCUUUAAAGUGUUGCCCAUUAUACAGAUAAAUGACAUUUCUAAAUAGCAGACUAAAGAGACAACUGAACCACUUAUUUUUGUGAAUUAAUAUUUAUCCAACACAGUCUGAACAGAACCAACCAUCACACUAAACAUGUUAAAGCUUUGGAUUAAACUGUAUACAGGUCCAGUUUUCUACUUGAGAUACUGACUUUUUAUGCAUUUUACAGUUUGUCAAUUAGAUGGUAAGUUUUUUUUUUUUAAUAUUGUGGGAUUUCUCAACGCGAUGAGUUAACAUUGAGUUCGUUGUUGCUCAACAUGGAUGUCGCUUCAGUCUUGAGCCAUUUGACAAGUGUUAUGCACUGAUGUUUUGUGUUGAAAGCACUGUAAUUUAAGUAGAAAUGUUCCGAUACCAUUUUAUUCCUCCACUUCUUACUGAACUUUAAGUAUCAGCUAAAACAAGUAUGCCACUGAGCCUGUGCGGCAGUAGCUCAGUUUGUUAGGACUUGGCUUGGGAACCAGUUCAAGUCCAGUACAGACCACAGUACGGCAGCUGGAGAGGUGCCAGUUCCACCUCCUGUACACUGCAGAGGUGCUCUUGAGCAAGGCAUCAAACCCUUAACUGCUUACAGAGCACCCUUAUGUGGCAGCUUAUCACUCAACAUUUGCAUGAUUGUAUUUUCGGCCUGUGUGUAAAGGCUGGAAUUUAUUUUACCCAUUGGGGAUUAAUAAAGUAUAUUUUCUGUAUGAUUGAUACUGUGGUACAGCCUAGCUCAGGAGGAGAGCAGUGACUUUGCAAUGGAAAAUAAACUUCACAUAUUGGACGGGUGCACCUAAUAUAAUGUGGUAUUGUUGCAAUACUUU